CUCUCCUCUUGACUGUCUCACCUGCGGCGGUCUCUAUUUCUCGGGCUUCCUCUUCAGCCCUGGCGGCUUGCUCCACGUUCUUGCUGUACACACCACAACACGCCUCUCCCUGAGUUUCUGCCUUUUCUUUCUUUUUUUGUUGCCCCUUCCAUCCCCUUCAACUUUUUAAUUCUUUUAUCUUUGCGGCCUCGUUCAGGUUUCGUGACUUAGUUUCCAGCCCCGUCGCCCGCCUUGACCCCGUACUGGUUUUGUUUGAUCUUCCAAGUCGGGACAGAUUUCGUGGCUUCUCCUUGUUUCCCUGAUACCCCCCCUUUCCUUCAAGUCCUUGCGUUCUGCUUCUGCUUGUGUUUGUUUGAUCUCUGCACGCAAGCCCAGUUCGCACGUCUCACGAUUUAACUUUACUUUGCGACCAUGGCCUACCACGGCUCUGGUUCCCAGUCGCCUGGGGAAAAUUAUGAUGAGGGCGGUCACCAUCUCCAGGACAUCGCCAAUAACCAAAACUACGAAGAAGAGGCCUCCAGAGGUUUACUAUCCAGCCAGCAGAGCCCCUUCUCCGGCCCCUUCGAUGACCCCCAACAGCGUGGGCUUUCACCUGCACCGCGACCGACCUCUGGAUACAGCUUGACCGAAUCCUACGCCCCAGAGGCCGCCUACCAUGACCCUUAUAGCGGUAACGCAUCAGUUUACUCUGGUAAUUCAGAGAACCCUGCGGCUGCUUUUGGCGUGCCUGGACGUGUCGCGUCGCCUUAUGCCCGUAGCGAAACUUCUUCGACAGAAGCUUGGCGACAGCGCCAGGCCCCCGGUGGUAACAACACUGGCGGCGGCGGCGGAAACCUUCGUCGUUAUGCUACCAGAAAGGUUAAGCUGGUCCAGGGUUCCGUCCUGAGUGUAGAUUACCCGGUUCCCAGUGCUAUCCAAAAUGCUAUCCAGGCGAAGUACAGAAAUGACCUAGAAGGAGGUACUGAGGAAUUUACCCAUAUGCGAUACACUGCUGCUACUUGCGAUCCUAACGAAUUUACUUUGCACAAUGGUUACAACUUGCGCCCCGCUAUGUAUAACCGACACACCGAGUUGCUGAUUGCGAUCACUUAUUACAACGAAGACAAGACUCUUACCUCCCGAACCUUGCAUGGUGUUAUGCAGAACAUUCGGGAUAUUGUCAAUCUGAAGAAGUCGGAGUUCUGGAACAAGGGUGGUCCUGCCUGGCAGAAGAUCGUGGUUUGCUUGGUUUUCGACGGUAUUGACCCUUGCGACAAGGAUACUCUGGACGUUCUUGCCACCGUCGGUAUCUAUCAGGAUGGUGUUAUGAAGCGUGAUGUUGAUGGAAAAGAAACCGUGGCUCACAUUUUCGAGUACACGACGCAACUUUCCGUUACUCCAAACCAGCAGCUCAUCCGACCGACUGAUGACGGCCCAAGCACCCUUCCUCCUGUGCAGAUGAUGUUUUGCUUGAAACAGAAGAACAGCAAGAAAAUCAAUUCUCACCGAUGGCUCUUCAACGCCUUCGGUCGUAUCUUGAACCCCGAGAUCUGUAUUCUUCUUGAUGCUGGUACUAAGCCGGGUCCCAAGUCCCUGCUCUACCUGUGGGAGGCCUUCUAUAACGACAAGGAUCUCGGAGGUGCCUGUGGUGAGAUCCACGCCAUGUUGGGUAAGGGAUGGAAGAACCUGGUCAAUCCCUUGGUCGCCGCACAGAACUUCGAGUACAAGAUCAGUAACAUUCUCGACAAACCCUUGGAAAGUUCCUUUGGAUACGUUAGUGUGUUGCCUGGUGCUUUCUCCGCUUAUCGCUUCCGUGCCAUUAUGGGUCGCCCUCUGGAACAAUAUUUCCAUGGUGAUCACACCCUCUCCAAGCAGCUGGGUAAAAAGGGUAUUGAGGGUAUGAACAUUUUCAAGAAGAACAUGUUCUUGGCCGAAGAUCGUAUUCUAUGUUUCGAGCUGGUCGCCAAGGCCGGUUCUAAGUGGCAUCUGUCGUACGUCAAGGCCUCCAAAGCCGAGACUGACGUGCCCGAAGGUGCUCCUGAAUUCAUUUCCCAGCGUCGUCGUUGGCUGAACGGUUCCUUCGCUGCUGGUAUCUACUCGCUGAUGCACUUUGGCCGCAUGUACAAGAGUGGCCAUAAUAUCCUUCGCAUGUUUUUCCUACACAUUCAAAUGUUAUACAACAUGUUCACGACUGUUCUGACAUGGUUUUCUUUGGCGUCUUACUGGCUUACUACUUCGGUUAUUAUGGACCUGGUUGGAACUCCCAGCUCUUCCAACGGUUACAGUGGUUUCCCCUUCGGCAAGACGGCGACGCCAAUUGUUAAUACCCUGGUGAAAUAUCUGUAUCUCGGAUUCUUGUUGCUGCAGUUCAUUCUGGCUCUGGGUAACAGACCUAAGGGUUCAAAGUUCUCCUACCUCGCCUCGUUCGUCGCUUUCGGUAUCAUCCAGCUCUACAUUGUCGUUGAUGCGAUGUAUCUGGUGGUGCGUGCGUUUACUGGAGGUGCCCCGAUGGAUUUCGUCACCGAUAAGGGUGUGGGCGAAUUCCUGAAGUCUUUCUUUUCUUCCACUGGUGCGGGUAUCAUUAUCAUUGCCCUAGCUGCUACAUUCGGUCUUUACUUCGUUGCUUCUUUCAUGUACCUGGAUCCAUGGCACAUGUUCACCUCCUUCCCUGCAUACAUGGCGGUCCAGUCGUCCUACAUCAAUAUCCUGAACGUCUACGCAUUCAGCAAUUGGCACGAUGUCUCUUGGGGUACCAAGGGAUCCGAUAAGGCGGACGCCCUCCCCUCUGCGAAGACCACGAAAGAAGAGGGCAAAGAUGCCGUCAUUGAGGAAAUCGACAAGCCUCAGGCCGAUAUUGAUAGCCAGUUCGAGGCCACUGUGAAACGCGCCCUGACACCUUAUGUGGCCCCUGUUGAGAAGGAGGAGAAGACUCUGGAUGAUUCUUACAGGAGUUUCAGAACUCGACUGGUGACAUUCUGGAUUUUCAGUAACGGUCUUCUUGCAGUCUGUAUUACGAGUGAUGGCGUGGAUAAGUUCGGAUUCUCGAAUUCGGCCACUGUGCGCACUUCCCGUUUCUUCCAAAUCCUUCUAUGGUGUAAUGCUAUUGUCGCGCUUAUCCGCUUUAUCGGAGCUUGUUGGUUCCUUGGUAAGACGGGUCUCUUGUGCUGCUUCGCCCGGCGGUAGAGCCCUGCCCGUUUUAAUGAAAAGCCAAGUAAAAGAUCCCCUGCGAAUGAAUGUCUUCCAGGGCUUUCCCAGGAGUUAUUCUUGGGCACAUUUUUGUUGCAAUUUUGUAUUCUAAAUAUGAUGUUCAUUCUUCGUUUUCUGUUCAUUUACUGCGCUCGCCGGAUAUUUUACGUUUGACCGAAGCUGCGGGGGCUUUGAUGUUUUUGUAGACUCCUAGUGAUUAGAAUAAAUAGGAUGCAUUUAAAGGCGUGGACCUGAGAUCGCGU